AUGCAGAACAAUUUAUUGGGCAUUGGAACAGAUGUUGUCCGUGUGUCGAGGUUUUUAAGACUGAUGGAGAAAUAUUCAUCGAAGCAGCAGCAGCUCUCGGAUCAGCGGGCAGGCAGAAAUGGGUUUGAGAGAUUUACAAAAAAGUUUAUGCAUCCUUAUGAGGUAAAACAGUUUUACGGCGAGGUUGUGGAGGCUGCUACAACGGCCUCCGGCCGUUGUAGCAGCGUCCAGCAGAUGCGCAAUGCGCGUUACCUUGCAGGAAUAUGGGCGACGAAGGAAGCUAUUUACAAGGCGUUGGUUAGUGGGCUGCAGCGUCCAAACGCAUUGCCGGCGGCGUCGGCAAUAUACAAGCAGUUUUACAAAUCGAACGAUGCAGUAACAGGGUGCCCCGUGAUUAAUGUAGACGUGGGUGGGUUUCGUGAAACAGCUGGUUUGGAAAGGUUUUGGAAUAUGCAUGUCAAGGGUAGUCGGUUUUUGUUAAGCGUAUCUCACGACGGUGAUUACGUAGUGACGUUCGUAUGCCAGGUUAAGGAUGAAACAUGUAGUGAACAUCGUGACAACCAGGAAGAAGAAAGUUGCUAG